AUGCGCUUUAACGUUAUCAAUAAAUUUAAAAGGCCAUUGAUUUGGACAGUCGAAAAAGCCAGACGCUACAGUCUUUGUGGUCCACCACGUCCAAGCAAAUGCGGCUGUCCUCCAAAGCCUGGCAGUGGAAAAGUCAUCGUGCCACCGGCUGAUUGCAAGCCUGGACCGAUUUGUUAUAAUCCCUGUGUUCCUCGAUUUCACCACGGUAAAGACACUUGGAAAAAAUACAGGAAUUUCACAUACUUUGUAUUAUUGCCUUUGAUAGCGAUACAAAGUUUUAACGCCCUUGGCCACGAACCACCACCAAAAGGACCAUGCCGCGAUUAUGAAUAUAUGCGAGUCCGAACAAAACGAUUUCCUUGGGGAGACGGAGUCAAAUCAUUUUACCACAAUGAGCACGUAAACCAUUUGCCCGGCGAAUGUGAAGCUCCGCCACUCGACUGUGAUUAA